CGAAUGACGCAGAGUUGCUGCAUGGCGAGCAAAGGGUUAAUUUCCUGUAAAAUAUAAGCUAAAUCUGCUAAAUAUAAAGAAUGUGCCGUCUUUCUUGAUAACGUAAUGUUUUGUACCUCCCGUAAAUUUCGCAAGUUGGAAUGCGCUGCGCGAGAUGAAAAUCCGACAAGAUCGGAAAUUCAACGACGUCUUGGCACUACGCUGGCACAAGUUCUUUUCGACUACAGUCAUCAGGAAGCUGUGAAGCUGUUAGAUUCAGCACCUGCCAAACUUUCACAACAAUUAUGUUGCGCCUCACAAGACAGUCAAUUAAAGACAGACGUGAUGGGAACGUGGGCGGAAAAGCAGAAAAUUCUUAAAUCAUAUCUACAUAGUGAUAUUCUAGCACUGGGCGAAGGAGAGCUGAAGAAGUUUCAGGCAGAGAUCGAAACAGUGACGCAGAAAAAACUGAGGGAUGAAUUUGCAGAGGAAUGUCGUAUACUUGAAGCUGAAAAGAGAUUUGCCAUUAGACGCAACGCGGAUGAAAUUCAUGCUAAAUAUGAGGAAUAUUUCAAGGCCGCUCAGCAGGAAUUGGCGGAGAAGUUGCAGGUAGAGUUGAUAGAUGCAGAUGCCAAACGCAAUAAGGAAUUGCAAAAGGCCAUCAUAAAAGCGCAAAUGGAUACAACACACGAUGUGCUAAGAAAAAUUCGACCUCAGAUGAAUUGGGUUGUUACAUCUCUUUAUAAUGAACUUGAGCAAACUCGUCGGGCACAGAAAGAAAAAAUGAUUGUUGAUUUUAAUAACAUUAUGAGGGAACAGCAUCUCAAACUUGAUGCAAGGAUCAAGGAAAUUGAGAGUAAGAAAGUGGAAGAGUUGCGUGCUCAACGUCAUGAACUCGAAACACGAAAUGUAAUGAAUAUUAUUUAUACUUUUUUCAUGGAAAGAUUACGUAGCAGUUUACAAUUGCAAGCAAUAAACAAAUAUUUUGAGGUAAAUAUAUAUAUAUAUAUAUAUAUAUAAAAACAAGAAGAAA